AUGCCUUCAACACCUUCUACCUCUAAGGGCGAUAGCCGCAAGCGCAACUCGCCCAGACAUCGUAACCCAGUUCCCAAGCAAGCAAAUUCCAAGCGCGUCCAAAUAACACACCAGCAAGAAUUGGCGCUCAAAUUCCACGAUAAACCCAACGGAGCUAGGCUGGGACUGCACUGGGAUUUUGUCCGAGGGAAGAAUGUGGCUUAUAUAAAAGACCACUUCACCGGCGCUGUCCGACCAGCGAUAAUGAAGGACGACAUGUACGACAACAUGUCAAAAGAAAAGCUCGAAGAGCAUCGCCGGUAUCACCAACAAAUGAUCGAAUCCUUACGGAACGAGGAGGAAAACAAGUCUUAA